AUGACGGCAAUACACGACUCAGAGAUCGACUCUUGUUUUUUGACUGACUAUGAUCCCGAAUGGAACCUAAGUGGUGAGGAAAAGACGAAAAUUUCUAAAUCUAUGCCUUCUAAAACCAUCAAAUCACCGAUUGAAUUUCAAAGAUUUAAAACCAAAGUUGGUGACGUAAUUUCAUCGAUGUGCAGACGACGCAAACUGUUCUGGAUGACAAAACCUAGGGUUCCUCCAAGACCACUGAUUCCUCAUACACACCAUGGUCCAAUAGUGCCACAACCUCUCUCACAUCAUAUUGCUGCUCACCCAGUGCCACAUCAUAUUGCUGCUCACCCAGUUCCACAUCAUAUUGCUGCUCACCCAGUGCCACAUCAUAUUGCUGCUCACCCAAUGCCACAUCAUAAUGUUCCUCACCCUAUGCCACAUCAUAACGUUCCUCACCAUAUGCCACAUCAUAUUGUGCCACACCCAUUGCUGCAUCAUAUGAACCAUAAAUCAUCUCCACAUAAAAUGCCUGUACCAGUUCCAGAUAGGUAUAUCGUCCCAUCAAAACGAGAAAUUAGGAAAGAUGUCGAGAUUGCACCAAACAGUGAUGUGGCUGAUGAAUACAUCAUUCCACCUAAACGAAAAGGCUUCCAACACUAAGACUGAUGAAUACAUCAUUCCACCUAAACGAAAAUGCUUCCAACACCAAGACUGAUAUAAAAAAAACAUUUAUUUUGUAUUAUAUAUAGGUUUGCAAUUGCAAAUACAAACUUUUAGUCAAAUCAGAGAUGUAAUUGGAAUACAAAUUGUGUAUUUGCCAUAAAAUCAAGAAGAAAAAAACAAACCUCAUCUCUAAAUGAUAAAAUUGAAGAAAACCAAUUUUCCUGUCGACAAAGUGUAAAAACUGCUUUUUUGGUCAUGUUUUAUAUAUGUCUUUUAUUUACAUACACGUUUAUAUAUGUCUUUCAUUUACAUACACGUUUAUAUUGUCUUCAUUCACAUACAAUUUAAUAAAAUAACUAUGUUAUAUACUGGCAAAUAAAACAUUGAAAGAU